AUGUCAAGAAAAGAAAGUAGCUUUAUUUAUUCUAUUACGGGAAAACCUAGCAAUUUACAAGCAACAAAUGUCACAUCGCAAUCGUGUUUAACAACAAAAGAAAUAACUUCUUCGGCAAAUUUGAUUUCUUCUGUUUAUAAAUGUUUGUGUAGUAAUAUUAAUACUGUCAAAAAGAGAAGAUGUGAUUUUUCUCAUGAGAUUCUAUUAAUUAUUAUGAUGAAUGUUCAAUGGGAUAAUAUUGGCCUAUUGUUAUUUCGGAUCUUAAAUAAAAGCAGUGAAUCGAUCAAAAACUCGAGAAUUUUGAAUACAAGUUUAGUAAGCCGAAGUUCAAGUUAUUUUGUCAAUGUCACCAUGACAUUGAUUGUACGCGAUCAAAGAGAAUUUCUUAGUCAAUGUAAGUUUCUUUUUAUUUCGAACAUUAUUUAUACUCUUAUUUUGCUACCACAAUGGCAAACACUUGGCUCCUGUCAACUGAAUGCAUGUUCAUCGAAUACCGAAAAUGAUAUUGGGUCCGCUUUGUUUUGGACGAAAAAUUUGGUCUACUUAUCAGUUGGAACCGUUGUAAUAGCAGCACUUGUCACCUUUCUAGCAGUGGUCUUUUGGUGUUCGAAACAACAGAAAACAUCGAAACUCAAAUCUCAACCAUCGGAACUAACAGCAUUUUCAACGAAUGCAAUCAAUGUCAAGACACCAAGACCAAAAGAAAUCAAACUAUUUCCAAUCGUACCGAAACUAGUUCAGCCUGGUUCGCCAUCGUUAAUCCUUCCAACAAUCGAAAAGAAUGAGAACCUGACAGAUACAUUCAAUACCGAUGCAUAUUCAACAGCUGGUUCAUCGUCAUCAUCGGUAGCUGCAGCAACGAAAAAGUUUCGAAAGAAAAAUUUGCUCGAAAGGCGUGGUUCGAAUAAUUCAUUGACAAUAUCCAUCGCUCCAAAACAUCGUCUCAUCAAUAGUCCGCCAGCUGAUUGUCCUCCGGAUGAAUAUCUAUUGACCGCCACACGAAAACUAACGAUUGAUGAACUACAUAAACAUGCACAGGAUGCUCGUUCGCUUUACCAUGAAUUUUGGACAAUUCCAACAAAUCAUCUCGAAAAACUCCGAAUCUGUGGUGCUGGUACAAAGAAUCGUUACGGAACAAUCAUUGCUAAUGAACAUUCUCGAGUGAAACUACCCGAAUUAUCUGGUGAUCCACUUUCCUCCUAUAUCAAUGCCAAUUAUGUGAAAGGUUUUCCCGAUGAAUCUCGUACAUUUAUUGCCACACAAGGUCCACUUGCAAAUACAAUCAUUGAUUUCUAUCGAAUGAUCUGGCAGGAACAUGUGCCAGUUGUGGUGAUGAUUACGCGUUUAUUCGAAAAAAAUAAAGCCAAAUGUGAAAGAUAUCUUCCAGAUUCACGAAGUAAUCAGUACGGACCGUUUCAAGUCCAUGUCAAAUCAGUUUCUCAUCAAUCAGAUUAUGAAAUACGUCGUUUAAUAAUUGAAUUCGAAAAUGAGCAACGUGAAGUCGAACACUAUUGGUAUACCGCAUGGCCUGAUCAAUCCUGUCCGGAUGUCACACACCCCUUAAUUGAACUUGUGAAAAAAGUGGAAAUGAGUCGAAUCGAGUUGAAUAAUACGAAUAAAGCUGUUGGUCCGGUGGUUGUUCACUGCAGUGCUGGUAUUGGACGAACCGGAUGUUUUAUUGCAUUGAGCAAUGGUAUUAAGCAACUCGAUAACGAACAUAUUGUUGACUUUGUUCGCAUACUUUGUGAUUUACGUCGAGAUCGUGGUGGAAUGAUUCAAACGAAUGAUCAAUAUCAGUUUGUGUAUCAAGCAUUGAGCGAAUACGCUAGAACGUUGCAAUCCUCAGCAUCAUGA